ACCGUUCAGCUGUGGCGACUGUGGAAAGUCUUUUUCCUCAGCUUCAUACUUAAAAAAACACCAGGUCAUCCACAGUGAAGUUAAAGCGUACAGCUGUGAUCAGUGUGGAAAGAAUUUUACUUGGAAGGUUUCACUAAAAAUGCAUCAGGUCAUCCACACUGGAGAAAGACGGUUCAGCUGUGGCGACUGUGGAAAGUGUUUUACCCAGUCUGGAAGCUUAAAAGCACACCAGGCCAUCCACACUGGAGAGAGGCCAUACAAGUGUGAUAUUUGUGGAAGGUCUUUUUCCUCAGCUUCAUACUUAAAAACACACCAACUCAUCCACAGUGGAGUUAAAGCGUACAGCUGUGAUCAGUGUGGAAAGAAUUUUACUUGGAAGAUUUCGCUUAAAAUGCAUCAGGUCAUCCACACUAGAGAGAGACCGUUUAUCUGUGACUUAUGUGGAAAGUCUUUUACCCAGUCUGGAAGCUUAAAAGCACACCAAGUUAUCCACACUGGAGAGAGACCGUUCAGCUGUGAUGACUGUGGAAAGUCUUUUACCCAGUCUGGAAGCUUAAAAGCACACCAGGUCAUCCACACUGGAGAGAGGCCAUACAAGUGUGAUAUUUGUGGAAGGUCUUUUUCCUCAGCUUCAUACUUAAAAACACACCAACUCAUCCACAGUGGAGUUAAAGCGUACAGCUGUGAUCAGUGUGGCAGAGCUUUUACUCACAGUAGCUAUUUACAGAGUCAUCUAGUUACCCACUCCGGAAUUAAACCCUACAGCUGUGACAUUUGUGGAAAAACUUUCAGCCGGAUAGACAGCCGAAAUACACACCUACGCAUUCACACCGGACAUGAUGUGUACAGCUGUGAUCAGUGUGGUAAACUAUGUUUAACAGGCACACAGUUACAACGCCACAUGUUUACCCACUCUGAGGAGAGACCUUAUAAAUGUGACCUGUGUGAGAAGACUUUUAAAGCUCCACGUAACCUGAAAGAACACAGACAGAUCCACACCAGAAAGAGACUCUACAAGUGCAGUUACUGUGAGAAGCAGAGCGACACAGAUGGAUCCAGUUCUCAGCCCUGUCAUCACUGUGGUGGUGGGAAAGACUUUCGUUGUGACCUUUGUGGAAAAACUUUCAGCCAUCAAAAGACCCUAAAAAUACAUCAACGUAGACACACUGGAGACAAAAUGAACUACUGCAAAGAAUGUGGGAGAGGCUUCACCAGACCAAAGGACUUAAAACAGCAUGAACUCAUUCACAGUGGGGUUAAAAAGCACGUCUGUGAUCAGUGUGGGUCAUCCUUCACCCUUGCAAGUGGCCUUAAAACACACAAACGUGUCCACACAGGAGAGAAACCAUACAAGUGUAGACACUGUGACAAAAGCUUCUCACAAACAGGUAGUCGUAACGAUCAUGAACGUACACACAUGGAAGAGAACUUCAGCUGUGACCAGUGUGACAAGAUCUUCAGGAGUUUCAGUUCCUAUUCCAAACACAAACGAUCCCACGCUGCAAAUAAACUGUUUCACUGUCACCAAUGUGCAAAAGUAUUCACUUCGUUAUCUGCUCUGUGCAAACAUCAGCGUGAUCAUCCAGGACUCAAAUCACUCCCAUCAGUGGAUCACAGUGAAUCUGCAGAGACAGAAAGAUCCUCUUCUGGUUUCAGGGUCAGACUCAAAACCCUUGAGAUCAGGCUCCACAGAGUUCAGGUGGAAUCUCCUGUAAAGAUCUGAUGAGGCAGCUAUGAACAAACGAAAAUGUUCUCGUUGCAUUUUAAGCUUUCUAAACUGUUCUAUUGUAGUGUUCGUGUUGAGUGGUUAUUGAAUGCAUUUUGAUCCACGUGUCCUGCAGAUGUUAAUUUUUUUCAGGUUGUUUUUAUGAAAUCCUGCAACAGUUAAACCAAAAUUCUAAAUGUUUAAUAAAGAAAUAGUUUAAUGACAAAGUGUUUGAGCCAUGAUGUUAUUUCCUAUAUAUCAGAACAAAAACUGAAGUAACCGAUGUUUACAGUCAGAUGAACUGUUUUCUGUGACACAGAUGGAGGUUUAUCAGAGGAGGAGACUUGGCUGUUCUGACACUCAACAGGGUUCCUGCAGCUUAUUGCAAACUCUGACAUGAAAUUCAUGAAAAUAAGAUCUUUAAAAUAUUUCAGAUUUUUUCAAUUUUUAUCAGACUUUCUAUAGGUAUUAAAAAUUCUGUUGAAAAUUUUGUCU